AUGGUGCCAGCUACAUUUGCCCCGAGUCUGUCGCGGAGGGACACAGCCAAGUCGGGUGGUGGAUUUGAAAGUUCCCAUGGCAUCCCACCACCAGUAUCCAGCGGAGGUGGUCUGCUCGGGCCGCAGAGUGCAGGCGCAAUCUAUCAACAGAUCCAUGAGAUGGCCGCUAAACGGAUAUCGACAUUGGACUACUUGAGAAAAGCUCACGAAGGUCGGGUCUAUUGGUUUAAUACCGUGCAUUUCUCUCGAGCUGAUAUCGCGCGUCUGCCAUACUUCGAGGCCCGGAAACUCUCUCGUCGAGCAAUCAACUACUUGCUGCUCGGCCUGUCCUUGCCGCCAAUCCUAGACGUCAACUCAACACCGUUUGAGUAUCUAAAAGCCCUCAAUGCGCUACUCUUGGAAUUUGAGGCUUUCCAGCAAGUACACCCUCCGGAUGGCAGUUCCUCAUCGAGUCUUGCCAGGGCGCGCAUCCCACAAAUGUUCAAGCGUGCUGCGCAUGCAGGGACCAAGACUCGUCGUGCAAGUUCUGCAACUGAGAUUGGACUCCCAAUGCAGUCCAGUGAUCCAUCAGACUUGAAGAACACGGCGGGCAAUCUUUCAUCAACUUCAUCUUCUGCGGCCUCUAUUGUGUCGUUUCCAUUGACAGAGUCCUCUGAUCUGCUCCCUGGAGAGGAAUAUACCUAUCUUCUCACCCCUUCAUUACCCUUUGAACCCGACUUCUUCGAGACGUUCGCCACCCUGUGCGAUGUUUUGAUUGACUGCUAUAGUCGGCUCACCACGCUAGUGUCAUCCCCGUCACUUUGUACUGUGGCUCUGGGGGAGACCUUUUCCAAAGCCGAUGCCAAGUUACGGAAGAUUAUGGUAGCUGGCGCUGUGCGGGAAUUUGAAGACGCGAGCCGGAAUAGCGUCAAGAAUGAAGUAGCUGGCGUCAGCCGGGUGGUUCUCGGCGGACUAUUAGGAUAG